UCGCAAAGACCUAAGAAAUCAAAACAAACGAAAAACAAGGCAAGAAGACGAUAUAGUGAACGGAACAUGGCAAGAGACAGCUACUUGGCUCGCGUCACCGCUGGAGUAUCCGUUGGAGGCGCUUUGGGCGGCGCUGUUGGUGCUGUAUAUGGGACUUACGAGGCUAUUAGGUACAAGGUACCAGGACUGCUCAAGAUUCGAUACAUCGGGCAAACCACAUUGGGUAGCGCAGCUAUAUUCGGACUUUUCUUAGGCGCGGGAAGCCUAAUCCAUUGUGGAAAAUCCUAUUAAACCAAUUCAUUGUUUGUCUCAAGGCGUCGAGAUUGUAUUUCUCAGGAUGGUGCUUUGGCUUUGGAGAUUAAAAGAACAAGUCGUUUAACUUUU